AUGAAUCCAAAAUCUACAGAAGAUGUGGCUGAAUGUUUUCCACAGCUAUUACCAGCAUUAAUUUCUACAAGCAUUUCCACUGAUAAAAUUUCUUUCAAUGAUGGAGAUGCACUUCAUAAAUUGAAUUCUGUUAUUUUGGGGAAACUACUUUGUAAGAAUAAAGACUUCUUAGUAUUCGUCCUAUAUUAUUUUGAUGUAAAUCCAGCUCCAUUUGAAUCUAUAGAAGUUGAUUAUAGUCCUUCUUCAAAAAGGCAUAACAAACGGAAAGUAGCAUCUUUAAUGGAAGUAUCUGAUUAUGAUUUAGUAUCUGCUUCUUAUGACAUUCUAUGUAGUGCACCAAUGCACUUUAAGUACACAUGGAAUUGGUCUAAAUUUUACAAAUAUUUAACUCAUAAAGAUGAAGGUGUUAGAUGGUAAGAUAUACAAAAUUAAAUUAUAUUCUUUCUUGUUUUGUUUUUAAUUAUAUCCAAUGCAGGUGAUUUUCUUUCAAAUAUUCAACAAUUUUCUAUUGAAUACAAGGAAGUUAUUCAAAGCAGUAUAACAUCUGAAGAUACCAAAGGAAUAGAUCAUAUACUUGAUGUACCUUCAGUAGUAUCUAUUGGAGAUAUUUUACUUCCAAUUUUUACAAAAUCAAAAGUGAAAAGUACACUAAAUUUGGUUCCAGUACCAUCUACACGGAGAAAUUUGCAAAAUUUAGCUUUUGCAGUAUCUUCUAAUAAAUGUGUGUAUUUACAAGGUGCAGUUGGUUCAGGAAAAACUGCACUAGUAGAAUAUUUAGCACAAGCUACAGGCCAUGACGUUGUAAACUUUGUGAAAGUACAAUUAGGUGAUCAAACAGAUUCUAAGAUGUUAUUAGGGAUGUACAGAUGUACUGAUAUUCCUGGAGAAUUUUUGUGGCAACCGGGAAUAUUGACAGAAGCUGUAUUGUCUGGUAAAUGGUUGCUGUUGGAAGACAUUGAUUGUGCCGCAACCGAUGUUAUCAGUGUUAUAGGACAACUUGUGGAAACAAAAACAUUGUCAGUUCCAGGAUAUAGGGAUUCAAUACAUGUAAAAAGUGGAUUUCAGUUGUUUGUUACCAGAAGAUUAACUUCUGGAGGAGCACAGAAACCACUCCAAAUGCCAUUACAGAAACAUUGGGCUUGUGUUAAUGUAGAAUCCUUAUCAAGAGAAGAACUUGCAACAAUUGUUCAGACUUUAUUUCCAAUAUUACAUACAAUAGCUACAAGAAUGGUUGAUGUAUUUUUGUUAUUCUCUGCUGGAAAUCAUGAAGAUGAUGUUGUGAAUCAUAUAAAAAAUGCUAGACAAAUUUCUACAAGGGAUUUAGUUAAGUGGUGUUCUAGAGCUAUAGUUGAUUUUGAUGUAUCAUCACCGACAUCAGCAUUGAAAAUCUUUCAAGAUGCUUUGGAUGUCUUCUGCUGCUCUGUGCCUAAUUCUGUGCAACAAUUAAAUUUGGCAAUAGCAGUAGCACUUAAAUUGGGUAUUAUAAAAACGAAAGCAGAAUUUUUUUGUGCAGUACAUAAACCAUCAGUGGAUUUUCACAAACAAUGUCUUACUGUCGGCAGAGCGACAUUACAAAUAAAAAAGUCUGACAGAGUUAAAUUAGAAUCAAAAAAUUCAAAUUUUUCUUACACAAGGCCAUCUGUAUGUCUGCUGGAACGGAUAGCUACUUGUGUUAUUCAAAAGGAGCCUGUUCUUCUAGUUGGAGAGACUGGAACAGGAAAAACAAGUUGUGUUCAAUACCUUGCACAGAUAACAGGUCAUAAGUUGAUAGUAAUAAAUAUGAACCAACAGAGUGAAAGCACAGAUUUGCUUGGUGGAUAUAAACCAGUAGACCUUAAACUUCUAAUUCUUCCAAUUCGUGAAGAAUUUGAAAUACUGUUUCGAUCUUAUUUUGCAAUUGAACCUAAUCAAAAAUUUUUGAACCAUAUCGGACGGUGUUUUGAAGAAAGAAAGUGGAAAACACUGACUACUUUAAUGAUUCAUAGUACUAGUGCUGCCUUGAAAAGAUUAAAGUCAUCUACAAACAGGCAAACUGAAGUAGAACUUUUAAAAAAAUGGGAAAAAAUGGCACAGAAGUUGGAGAAACUUCAGUCCCAAGUACAAAGUCAAUAUUCAUUAGCAUUUUCUUUUGUUGAGGGUAGUCUAGUGAAAGCACUGAAGAAUGGAGAUUGGGUCUUAUUAGAUGAGAUUAAUUUGGCUACUGCAGAGACUUUAGAAUGCCUUUCUGGUUUAUUGGAAGGAUCCCGUGGAUCUUUAUCUUUGUUAGAGCGUGGAGACAAAGAACCAAUCAAAAGACACGAAGAUUUUGCAAUUUUUGCUUGUAUGAACCCUGCAACAGAUAUUGGAAAAAAGGAUCUUCCCAUAGGACUAAGAAAUAGAUUUACAGAAUUCUUUGUUGAUGAACUUACAGAGAAAUCAGAUUUAGAACUUCUAGUCAACUCAUACUUGAAGGAUUUAAACCUUUCUCCAGAGAAAAUCCGAAACAUAGUUAAAUUUUACUUGAAUGUAAGGAAUGAGGCAGAAACUAGUCUUCUUGAUGGAACUGGACAUAAACCACAUUAUAGUUUAAGGACAUUAUGUCGUGCUCUAAGUGUGUCUGCACAAAAUCCUUGUGGAAGUGCAUUAAGAUCAUUAUAUGAAGCAUUUUGUUUAAGUUUUUUGACACAGUUAGAUAGUAACUCCUAUCCAUUGGUGCAAAGAAUGAUUGUAAAAGCUAUGAUAGGAGAAAAAAAUGCAAGUGCUGUUAUUGGAACCGCGAUUCCAAGGCCGCGUGGUGGUCCUGUAGAAAGUUUUAUGUGCUUUGAGGGAUAUUGGAUACCUAAAGGUGAUCUUGAGCCACAAGUACCAGACAAUUAUGUUCUCACAGAAACAGUGAAACAAAAUUUGAAAGACUUAGUACGAGUAGUAUCCAUAGGAAAGAUGCCUGUAUUACUACAAGGUGAUACUUCUGUUGGAAAAACCAGUUUAAUUACAUACCUGGCAAAGGCCUCGGGACAUAUCUGUGUCAGAAUUAAUAAUCAUGAACAUACAGACCUGCAGGAAUACGUCGGUACUUACGUAGCUGAUUCUUCAGGAAAGUUAGUUUUUAAAGAGGGUAUUUUAGUGGAUGCUAUGAGGAAAGGAUACUGGAUAAUUUUGGACGAGUUGAAUUUGGCACCUAGCGAUGUUUUAGAAGCUUUAAACAGAGUCCUUGAUGACAAUAGAGAGUUGUUCAUUCCAGAAACACAACAAGUUGUUAAAGCACAUGAUAAUUUCAUGCUCUUUGCUACUCAGAAUCCUCCUGGUUUAUAUGGAGGAAGAAAGGUACUAUCACGUGCAUUUAGAAACAGAUUUGUUGAGCUACAUUUUGAUGAAAUUCCACCGAAGGAACUUCAAGUAAUAUUGCAGAAAAGAUGUAAAAUGCCAGAGUCAUAUUGUAAACAGGUAAUUAACGUGAUGACAGAACUUCAAAUAAGAAGAAAGAGUACUGCAACUUUUGCUGGAAAGAAAGGAUUUAUAACUCUUAGAGAUCUAUUUCGUUGGGCUGAAAGAUAUCACCUUGCACCUGAAAUUAAAGGCACUUUGUAUGAUUGGAGUCAACAUCUAGCUGAUGAGGGUUACUUGGUUUUGUCUUCAAAAGUUCGUCAUCCAGAAGAAUGCUUGGAAAUCAUACAGGUCUUGAAAAAACAUCUGAAGAGAGAUAUUCUUCCAGAUGCUCUAUUUUCACUUUCUGAGAAGACUUCUACUGUAACUAGGCCGAUUUUGGAAGCUCUUCUGUCGAAGAAGAUUCCAGGAUUUGAACAUGUAGUCUGGACGUUUCAAAUGCGUAAAAUGGCAGUACUUCUUUCAAAGGCCUGUGACUUCAAAGAACCAGUCCUCUUGAUUGGUGAAACAGGAGGUGGCAAAACUACAGUCUGUCAACUUUUGUCUGUGAUUAGACAACAAGAACUGAGUAUUGUUAACUGCCACAUGCAUACAGAGGCAUCAGAUUUCCUUGGAAGUCUUCGUCCAGUUAGACAGCGUAAAGAAAAUCAAAAAUUGUUUGAGUGGGUUGAUGGUCCUCUAGUGACAUCCAUGAAAAAUGGAGGCUUCUUUUUAGUAGACGAAAUCUCUUUAGCAGACGAUAGUGUGCUUGAACGUCUGAACUCUCUUUUAGAACCUGAGCGUAAGCUUUUAAUUGCUGAAAAAACAUCGACCGAGGAAAAUGAAACUGUCACUGCUUCCGAAGAUUUUAUCUUUGUUGGCACAAUGAAUCCUGGUGGUGAUUAUGGCAAAAAAGAACUUUCACCAGCCCUUAGAAAUAGAUUUACUGAAAUUUGGUGCGAAGGUUGCGUUUCAUUAGACGAUCUCAAGUGUAUUAUGGUGCAUAACUUACAUCAAGAAUAUAAGGAAAGUGUGUCUACGGCGGUAAUAGAGUUCCUUAAAUGGCUACAAACAACAGAAAUAGGAAAAAAACUGGUUGUUAGUGUCAGAGAUAUACUUACAUGGGUGAAUUUUGUUAACUGUUGCAAAGAUUUAGAAAUAGGGGAUGCUUUCUUUCAUGGUGCAGCUUUAAGCUAUAUUGAUGGACUUGGAUCUGGUUUAACUGCUGCAGAAAAUUCAAAGAAAUUAAAGAGUUUUAAGGAUUCAGCAUUGAAGUUCAUCAAACAGCAAGUACAGACUACACUGAAAUCUGAGCUAAUAUUGAAUUGCGAAGAAUUUGAUAUUGAAAAUCUAGAAGAUAAAUUUGGGAUACGUCCAUUUUACGUGAAGAAAGGAGAUGAACAAAUUCCAAGUAACGUGGGAUUUGCUUUCGCAAGUCCAACAACUAGGAUGAAUACUCUGAAAGUCUUACGAGCUUUGCAGUUAAACAAACCGAUUUUAUUGGAAGGUAGUCCAGGAGUUGGAAAAACUAGUUUAGUUGCCGCGCUUGCAAAAUCAUCAGGUCAUCGUCUUCUUAGAUUAAAUCUAAGCGAUCAAACAAAAGAAGCAAGUUGUAAUUUUGUGUUUAUUGCUUUGGAAGGAGGGAAACCAGGAGAAUUUUCAUGGAGGGAUGGUCCUUUCUUAAGAGCACUAAAAAAUGGAGAUUGGAUUCUUCUUGACGAAUUAAAUCUUGCGUCGCAAUCAGUUCUCGAAGGAUUAAACGCCUGUCUUGAUCAUCGUGGAGAAAUCUACAUUCCCGAGUUAGCAAUGACAUUUAGCGUGAAACCGGGAACUCGAUUAUUUGCUUGUCAAAAUCCUCUUCGUCAAGGUGGAGCUAGAAGAGGUCUUCCAAAGUCAUUUCUGAACCGUUUUACGCAGGUUUUCGUGGAUGCUCUUGAGCAGAGAGAUUUAAAAUUCAUUUUAAAUGUUCAAUUUCCGGAAUUACCGGAGGAUUUACUGGAUAAAAUGAUUGAGUUUAAUGAAGAACUAAGCUUUCAAGUUGGGACUACAUGGGGCCAUUCAGGAUCACCAUGGGAGAUGAACCUUAGAGAUGUUACCAGGUGGUGCGAAAUAACUAUGGCGGCUUUUAGACAGAGUUCAAAGAAGGUUUUUAAUUCUGGAAAUGGUGCUCAACUUAUUUAUGUCGACAGAAUGAGGACAAAUGAAGAUAAAAAGAAUGUAAUUGAGAUAUAUAACAGGAUAUUCUCUCAGAACGAUUGCCCUUUGCCCGAUCCAGAGUAUCCAUUUCACCUGAUAAAAGACAAGCUCUUCUUGGGGGACGAAAUAUUGGAUCGUAGUAAUUCUGCUGUCUACGAGGACGAUGAUUUGUUGCUCCUGAGGGAGCAGAAAACUGUCCUCAGGGGACUUGCGCAGUGUGUUAACAUGAAUUGGAUGGCCAUUCUCAUUGGAGGAUCUGGAAGCGGAAAGAGCAGCCUCGUUCAUCUUCUCGCAAAUUUGUCUGGGCAGAAGCUGAAAUCGAUCGUCGUAAAUUCUGCGAUGGACACCACAGAAAUUUUGGGAGGCUUCGAACAGGUAAGUCAUUUUAUAAGAAUGUUAUUAUUUCAAUUGUAUUGUUAA